AUGAUUAUCGGCGGUCCGAACUUUGGUCGUUCUUAUGUCGUCUUUCCUUGCCAGCUGUCGAGUGGAGAUGAAACGGUGUCGUCGGGUAGGGGAAACCCUCGUUUCGUUUCAGAUUAUCGAUCGCACCGUCUUCUGAUUCUCUCUCUGGCGACUCAUGUGGCGAUAGUAUACCGACGACGUGAUCGCUGUUUUCUCCUCUUAUCUCUCCUCUCAUCUCCCCCGAAUCGGUCACGAAUUCCUCACGAGUCAAUCCCGAGCCUGUCUCGAAGCCCAUUCCCCGCCGUUUGUUUUCAAUUAAAAAAGGUCAGGGGUUUGGAUUAUAGCUACACGCAACCGUCUCAAUCGGAUGAUUAUGGUUUAGGGAACACAACAGAGAGUGACCACUGCUCGACAGAAAUGAAUAUUAUGCUCGACCAAGCAGAGAUUGAAGCUUCGCAUGUUCAAUACCCUCCGCAGCCGGAGGUUGAGUUCGGCUUCCCCAAGGAAUGCUACUGCGGUGGAGAACCGGUUCUUAGGACAUCUAUCACGGGGAGAAGGUUUUACUCAUGUGAGAACAUCGACGAUGGAGACUGCCAUGUAUACAAGUGCUGGGAGGAAGCGGCUACAGAGGAGAUCAAAGCUUUAGGUACACAGUAUGCUCUGCUAUCAGAUAAGAUUGAUUAUAUUGCCGGUGUUAGUGACUACGAGUCUGAACUAAACCAGGUAAAAGAUCUCCAUUACCAGACAGAGCUGAAGGAGACUAUGCUCGAGAAAACUGUCUCUGAUUUGGCCAAAAAAUGUUAUGGGUUUGAGCUCGUUCUAGGUGUUAUGGUUCUUGUAGUAAUGGUAGUAUCCAUGUUUGUAGUAUUUAAUUAG